AUGUAUACUACGCACACGAGUUUAUUAGGAGUGGUUGUUGAUUCGAACAUUCCUAAACAGAUGGCAGAAGCUUUGCAAGAUACUAGCGACAAGACUACUGCUGUAAACAGCCCGCGCGGGAUAAAACGGUGUCAUUCGCCUGUUGUCUCUCGAGAAUCGCCAGUAGAGAGUGACUUCGGCGAUGAGGGUUACACCAAGCCUGCAAAGCGAACUCGAGCGACGAGAAUAACAAGGCCGACUAUAACAAGUCAGGCAAGUCCAAGCCAAUCAUCAAUGACGUUAUCUCAUAGUAUACCGCCGGCUUCACAGUCUGUAUCUACAAAUUCCAAUUUAACACCUAGCCAGUCAUCACCUCCUAGAACAACACCGACAAAGCCUCCUCCCGCUGUCAAAGCAUUGCCAACUGUGAGAGAUCAUACGACGGAUCAGGUUGGACCGGAAGGCGAUGAAUAUUUACCCAGAGAACAUGACGAUGCAGGAGAGAAAAAAGUAGAUUUAUGGGGUCAGUUGAGCGAUGGUCGCGAAUAUAAAUGUCGAACAUUUUUUGUACCAAAUCGGGGAAAGAAACUCUUCAUGCUGGCUACUGAGUGUGCAAGGGUACUAGGCUAUCGAGAUUCAUACCUUCUUUUCAAUAAGAACAGGUCAUUGUUCAAGAUUAUUGCAUCACAGGCAGAGAAAGAAGAUCUUAUUCAUCAGGAGAUUCUACCUUUCUCUUAUCGAUCACGUCAAAUUGCUAUCGUUAGUGCUAGAUCUAUGUUCCGUCAAUUUGGAAGCAGAGUUAUCAGAGAUGGACGGCGAGUACGUGAUGACUACUGGGAAGGUAAGGCCAGAAAGCAAGGCUUCACUGAAGAAGAUCUUGCUGGAGAAAAAAGGCCCGGAGCUGCCAAAGCCCGAGACACAGCAGCAGCUGCUGAUGCAAGUGCUAGCGCAUCUCUAAUGGGACCUCGUCAUGAUAUCCUCUAUUCAAACAAUACGGGAAAUGCCCCAUCACACAUAUCUCACCCAAACUUCCAAACUAGCAUUAUCAAUGGAUCUGGAGAGACUCCUACACUCUCUAUGAUAUCGCUGGGAUCUGAACCAGAUAUGCGCCUCAAGGACUACAGUAAUAUUCAACGACCACGUCAGGAAAUUACAGGUCCGGCAUACCAAGACCGUAUUCAGCCCUCUCCGCUUAUAGACCUGCUUUCAUGUGCACAUCAGACUGCCGAGUACAACAAACAGAUCAACUCACAACGUACCCAAAGCUUUGAGUACCUUCAUCGUCGCUGGAGACAGCCUCAUGAAAUACCAUCUUCGAAAGUAGAACAACCAUCUGUCACUGCAAGGGAGGACAAUUUACCAAUGCAGGCAUUACCAUCGCCACGGACCGGGCAAAACGGCCUUCAGUCUUCUCCACCCGAAACCUCAUCUCAACAAGCCAUACAAAGCCAGAAUUAUCCUCAUAACUCACAUAUGCAAAAUCCAAUGGCACACUCACCCAUGCGGAACAUACAUUCGAGCUCCAUGCAACCUGGUCAGGUUGCAAGAUCUCCGAGUAUAUCUAUGGGAAUCAAUACAGCUGGAAGUAAUAACUCGUAUGGUUACGGCCAACCUGGGCAGAUGUGGUCUCCCCAGUCACAGCCACAACCUCAAACAUUCCCCCAUUACGCAUCGCCAUCGCCCCGUAUCCAACGGUCUCCACACCAACCAGUGCCUAUGCCACGACAUCCUGCAAACAAUGCACAGGUACCACAAAACCUCCAGUAUACUGGAAUACCAGGUUUUGCACAGAAUUAUUCUACGCCAAGCCAUGGUAUCUACACGGCAGACCGAGCUCAGCAACAAUACGUUCAACCCAGCAGUUCAGGUCCGCAGGCUAACAACCAAAAUUGGACAGGACAACAACCAACAAACAUGGGAACGAAUUGGGCCUGGAACGGACUACCCCAGUGA